UGCUGGUCAGUGGAUAAAGGAGGAUGCUGCCGACCCUCGAGUCACACUGACAGCAGGUCAGGACUCAGUUGGAGGAUGAGGAGAACCAACCUGCUUUUGCUGGCCUCCCUGGCCUUUGCUUCUCUGAUGUCUCUUGCUGAAGUGAAGCCAGCUCCACUCAAACUGAUGGCUGCUCCCAACUUACUGAGAGUUGGAACAGCAGAAAACAUCUUUGUAGAAUGUCAGGACUGCGAUGGUGGAGACAUUUCCGUCGAUAUCAAAGUGAUGAACCACCCGACCAAAACCAAAGAGCUCGCUAAGACGACUGUGACCCUUAGCAACAACAACAACUUCCAACAGCUUGGAGAAAUAACCAUCCCACCUGGAGACUUCAGUAGGGAUCCCACUGUCAAACAGUAUGUUUACCUGCAAGCUAAGUUCCCUGAUCGAGAGCUGGAGAAGGUGGUCCUGGUGUCCUUCCAGUCUGGGUACAUCUUCAUACAGACCGACAAGACCCUGUACACGCCCAACAGCAAAGUGUAUUACAGGAUGUUCGGUUUGACACCAGAAAUGAAGCCCGUCGAAGGACAAAAUCAAGCUGACGCUUCUAUUGACAUCCAGAUUCAGACCCCUGAUGGCAUCAUCCUGCCGCUUGAUCCAGUCUCUCUGACUGAUGGCAUCCACUCUGGAGAUUACCAACUCAGUGAAAUUGUUAGUCCAGGCUUGUGGAAAGUGAUGGCAAGGUUCCAGAGCAACCCUCAGCAGAGCUUUUCGGCUGAGUUCGAGGUCAAAGAAUAUGUGCUCCCCAGUUUUGAAGUUAAACUCCUGCCUGAUACACCCUUUUUCUACGUGGACAGCGAUGAUUUCAGAGUCAGCAUCAAAGCUACUUAUCUGUUUGGUAGAGAAGUUUACGGGACAGCCUAUGUGGUAUUUGGUGUUCUGGAGGAUGGAGUGAAGAGAGGCCUCCCAAGCUCUUUAUCACGAGUCCCAAUCACAAAUGGAGAAGGACAGGUCACACUGAAAAGAAGUCAUCUCACUGACACCUUUCCAGAAAUCCACACACUAGUGGGGAAAUCCCUCUACGUGGCUGUCAGCGUGCUGACUGAGGGCGGAAGUGAAAUGGUGGAAGCACAGUUAAGAGGCAUCGAGAUUGUCACAUCACCCUACAAAAUCACUUUCCUAAAAACUCCCAAAUAUUUCAAACCAGGAAUGUCCUUUGAUGUUGUGGUUGAAGUGGUGAAUCCUGACGGCAGCCCAGCUAAUAAUGUUGUAGUGGAAGUUGUUCGGCAUAAUGUGCAAGGCCUCACGGCUCCCAAUGGUGUUGCAAGACUGACCAUCAACACACAAGGAACAGACAUCUCUUUGGAAAUUAUUGCACGAACAAAAGCUCCUAACCUUCCUGAUGAAAGACAAGCAUCAGCCAACAUGGUCGCGACCCCCUACUCCAGCAACACCCAGCGUUACAUCCACAUAGGUGUGGACACAGCUGAGGUGAAAGUCGGAGACAACCUGAAAAUAAACCUCAACCUCAAUAACCAGCCAGGCCACCAAACAGACAUCACGUACCUGAUCACAAGCAGAGGCCGGCUGGUGAAAUCUUCACGUUACAAAACAAAAGGCCAGUCACUGAUUUCCCUCAUACUCCCUGUUACCAAAGAAUUGUUGCCAUCCUUCCGCAUCAUAGCCUUCUACCAUCCCGCUGAUAAUGAAGUGGUGUCUGACUCACUUUGGGUAGACGUGAAAGAUUCCUGCAUGGGCUCGCUGACUUUGCAAUCAACCAGACCCGUCCCCUCCUAUGAGCCUCGCAAGAUGUUCAAUCUGAAGAUCACUGGAGAUCCAGGUGCAACGGUGGGAUUGGUCGCAGUCGACAAAGGCGUUUACGUCCUAAACAACAAGCAUCGUCUAACCCAGAAAAAAGUGUGGGACAUUGUAGAGAAGUACGACACUGGGUGCACACCAGGGGGUGGAAGCAACAGUAUGAAUGUGUUCUUCGAUGCUGGGCUGUUGUUCGAGUCCAGCAUCUCUUUAGGAACUCCCUACAGACAAGAGCUGAAAUGCAAGACUACAGCCAGACGAAAGCGAGCCACGACUAUAUUAUCAGUCAGAACCAACCUGAUGAGUAAAUAUAAUAACGAACGGCAACGAGAGUGUUGUUUGGAUGGCAUGAAGGAAAUCCCACUGUCGUACACAUGUAAGCGACGUGCAGAGUACAUUUUGGACGAUCCUGACUGUGCUGAAGCAUUUGUGCACUGCUGCAAUGAGAUGCAAACCAAGAGAGCGGAGAACAAAGAGGACGAGCUUCGUUUAGCUCGCAGUGAGAGCGAUGACAGUUACAUGGACAGCCAAGAAAUUGUUUCUCGCACUAACUUUCCUGAAAGUUGGCUGUGGUCGGACAUCAAACUCCCAGCCUGCCCUCGACCUAACUGUGAGUCCACAUCUUUUGUGAAAAACGUUCCUUUAGUAGACUCAAUCACAACCUGGCAGUUCACGGGCAUCAGCUUGUCAAGAACACUUGGAAUCUGUAUUGGUGAUCCAUUGGAAGUGAUUGUGAGGAAAGAGUUCUUCAUUGAUCUUCGGCUGCCUUAUUCUGCCGUUCACGGGGAGCAGCUGGAAAUAAAAGCGGUCCUUCACAACUACAGCCCAGACGUCAUCACUGUUAAAGUAGACCUGCUUGAAGAAGAGCAUGUGUGCAGCUCAGCUUCCAAACGUGGAAAGUACAGUCGGAUUGUCAAAGUCGGAGCCCAAGCCACACAGUCUGUUAGCUUCAUCAUAAUUCCAAUGAAGGAAGGACAACGCAGCAUUGAGGUGAAAGCCAGCGUUAAGGACUCGUCGCUGAAUGACGGAGUCAGAAAGAUGCUGCGGGUGGUGCCGCAAGGCGUACUGGUUCAGACUUCUCAGGAUGUCACGUUAAAUCCAACUGAACAUGGCCAAAAUGGUCAACAAGUGGAAAAAUUAAACAGUAAUAUUCCCAGGAAUGAUUUGGUUCCAAACGCUCCAACGAGAACGGACAUAUCUGUGACAGGGAGAGAACAAGUUUCCGGGCUAGUGGAGAACGUCCUCAGUGGAAGUUCAUUGGGCACGCUGAUCAAAGCUCCUGGAGGCUGCGGAGAACAGACCAUGAUCUCCAUGACCCUGCCAGUCAUUGCAACCUUAUAUUUAGACAAAACCAAUCAGUGGGAAACUGUGGGCUUCCAAAGACGAAAUGAAGCCAUCCAGCACAUAAAAAACGGCUACCGACAUGAAUUAAUUUACCGUAAAACUGAUGGGUCCUUUGCCGUUUGGGCACACGAUAAAAGUAGCAGCUGGCUGACAGCAUACGUUGCUAAGGUCUUUGCUAUGGCUAACACCUUGGUGGCGGUGGAAAGUGAACACAUCUGUGGUGCUGUGAAGUAUCUGAUCAUCAAUGCUCAGCAGCCCGAUGGCAUGUUUAGAGAAAUUGGAAGAGUGUAUCAUGGAGAAAUGAUUGGUGAUGUGCGUGGCAAAGACUCAGAUGCCUCCAUGACAGCCUUUUGCCUCAUUGCCAUGCAGGAAGCACGGACAGUAUGCACACAACAUGUAACUAGUCUUCAAUCCCAAAUAGACAAAGCGAUAUCCUACCUGGAGAAGCGUCUGCCCACCCUCACCAACCCUUAUGCGGUUGCCAUGACAUCAUACGCAUUGGCCAAUGAAAACAAACUAAACCGGGAAAUCCUCUACAAGUUUGCUUCUCCUGAGUUAAACCACUGGCCUGUUCCUGGAAACAAGAUUUUCGCACUGGAAGCGACAGCUUAUGCUCUUCUGGCUCUGGUCAAGAGUGAGGCCUUUGAAGAUGCCAGACCUGUUGUUAGGUGGUUCAACCAACAGCAGUUUGUUGGUGGAGGCUACGGAUCGACUCAGGCUACGAUCAUGGUGUACCAGGCUUUAGCAGAGUACUGGUCCAAGGCGAACGAACCAGAAUACAACCUGAAUGUAGACAUCUUGUUGCCGGGUAGAACAAAGUAUGAUAAGUUCAACUUUAACAGGGAAAAUCAAUUUACCACAAGAACAUCUAAAUUUAACGACAUAAACCAGGAUGUGAACGUGAUCGCUACAGGAUCAGGAGAAGCAACCGUGAAAAUUGUGUCGUUGUAUUAUGCCCUCCCUAAAGAGAAGGAAAGUGACUGCCAGCAGUUUAAUAUGUCAGUGGAUCUGAUCCCAGAGAAAAUAACCGAUGAUGAAAGGACAUACCGGCUGAGAAUAGAGUUUUUGUAUUUGAACAAAGAGCGUGAUGCCACCAUGUCAAUUCUGGACAUUGGCCUGCUUACUGGUUUCACAGUUGACAAUGAUGACCUGAACUUGUUGUCUAAAGGACCUGCCCGUGUCAUAGAUAGAUAUGAAAUGGACUCAGUUUUGUCAGAGAGAGGCUCCCUCAUCAUCUACCUGAACAAGGUUUCUCACACACAACCAGAGGAGAUUACUUUUAGAAUUACUCAGCCAGCAAAAGUGGGCAUCUUACAGCCAGCCGCAGUUUCUAUUUAUGAGUACUAUGACAGAACACGUUGUGUGAAAUUCUACCAUCCACAGAGGAGGGCGGGCCAACUGCUACGACUGUGUAAAGAAAAUGAAUGCACCUGUGCAGAAGAAAACUGCAGUAUGCAGAAGAAAGGCGACAUCAGCAACGAUGAGCGAUUAGCAAAGAUCUGCGAGAGCACAGAGACCAGCAAAAUUGAAUAUGCAUACAAAGUUUCUGUGGAAAACGUCGACUUUGACCUGUCUGCAGACUCUUACACAGCGCGAGUAAUCGAGGUCAUCAAGGAAGGAACUACUGACGUUGGUUCUCUGGGGAAACUGCGAACAUUCCUCGGUUAUCAGCACUGCAGAGAAGCUUUACAGCUAAAACAGGGCCGUACAUACCUGGUCAUGGGCUCAUCCAAAGAUAUUCACCGAGAUGAACAAAAUGAAUCGUUUCAGUAUGUGCUUGGGGAGAGAACCUGGAUCGAGUACUGGCCGACAUCAGAAGAGUGCCAGUCUCAUGAACACCGACCCUCCUGCUUGGGCUUGGAGGAGAUGGUAGACCAGUACAACGACUUUCCCUGCCAGCAAUAAUCGAACCCAAGAGAACCGUUCAUUUCAGAUUAUUUUUCUAUUCUGAAUUAUAUUUACAAAGCAUUGGCUGUCACCAUUUAACGACAUGAAAAUGACUAAAUAAAGAUUUAAUGAAUA